UCAUAAAUUCGGCCACUCUGAUCCGAACGACCCGCAGACUCAGUGCGCUGCACCCUGGAAAUAUGCGCUCAUAUUCGUUAUUACUGUGAAUGGGAAUGGACGUCAACAUGCUGUUUUUGACGUUACUGAUGUGUUACAAUCCGUAUGUUUUUGGACUGUUUGAGGAUAAUAAUAUUGAGGAUGAUCUUUCUCCCGACUUGACCGACUUUGAUUUGGAUAUUUCUCCCCGUAGAGUGCCUCGCCAGGUGAAAUCCAUGCUUACUAAGGAGACCAAACCGCAUAUCCAGGAGCUGUCGGUGAAGACCACCAUUAUCUCCCGAUACGCCUUCACGGCGGUGUCGUGCACCAUGCUCAACCGGCACUCCGCUGCCGCCGAGGGCGUCUUCCAGUUCCUGAUUCCCAAGAACGCCUAUGUCUCGAACUUUACCAUGAUCAUUGGGGGGCGUGUCUACCCCAGUGAGGUCAGGCCCAAGGAGAAGAAGGUCAAACAGGGGAAGGGCGGUGAGGCCAAACCCAAGAACAAGGAGGCAGGUGAACAGAGUAGCGAACCAGAGGUGGAGGUCUUCAGGAUGGGGGCCAGUAUCCCAGGUCGUAACCGGGCCAUGUUCAUGCUGACCUAUGAGGAGCUGCUCCAGCGGAGGCUGGGGAGGUAUGAGCAUGUGACCAGCCUGAGACCCCUGCAGCUGGUCAGCCGCCUCAGUGUGGACGUCACCAUUGUGGAUCACUCUACCAUCACCCACCUGGAGGUGCUGCCACUGCGCAACGGCAAGAGCAACACGGCAGUUGCCAGGGGGGCCAGUGCAGCGAAGACACCUGCCAAGCCUGCUCUUCCUGUUUCCACGGUGAUCAAACAAAAUAAGACGUUCUGUAGGAUCACCUUCAGCCCCAACAUCGUUCAGCAGGCUAAGAUCACCACCAGCGGCAUGCUGGGAGAGUUUGUGGUGCACUAUGACGUGGAGAGAGAGCUGGGGAUAGGAGACAUACAGGUUCUGAACGGCCAUUUUGUGCACUACUUCGCCCCCAAGGAUCUGCCGGUGGUGCCCAAGAACGUGGUGUUUGUGAUCGACACCAGCGCCUCUAUGCUGGGCACCAAGAUCAGACAGACUAAGGAUGCCCUGUUCACUAUCCUGAGGGACUUGCGUCCAGGCGACCGGUUUAACUUUGUCAGCUUCUCUAACCGUAUCAAGGUGUGGCAGCCCAACCGCCUGGUCCCCGUCACGCCUCUCAACGUCCGAGACGCCAAGAAGUUCAUCUAUAUGCUCCAACCCACUGGAGGCACUGACAUCAAUGGUGGCAUACAGACGGGCUCCUCAUUGCUAAGCGGCUACCUGAACGCCGAUCCCGACGCCAACCACAACAGUGUGUCUCUCAUCAUCUUCCUGACAGACGGGCGGCCCACGGUGGGCGAGCUGCAGUCUCCCAGCAUCCUAAGCAACGCGCGGGCAGCGGUGAAGGAGCAGUUCUGCGUGUUCACCAUCGGGAUGGGGAACGAUGUGGACUACAGGCUUCUGGAACGCAUGGCCCUGGAAAACUGUGGGAUGAUGAGGAGGAUACAUGAGGAUUCAGAUGCCAGCACCAUGCUCAAAGGGUUUUAUGAUGAGAUAGGCACUCCACUGCUCUCUGAUAUCAGGGUGAAUUACACAGAGGACUCGGUCCAGUACGUCACCCAGCACCUCUUCACCAACUAUUUCAACGGCUCAGAGAUUGUCAUCGCCGGCAAAUUGACCAAUCAAAGUGCAGACUCCCUUCACGUCCAGGUCACCGCCAGCAACAGCGACAAGAGCAUCGUCCUGGAGACAGACGUGGCGUUACGGCAAAGGGAGGUGGAGACGGAGAGGCACGUGAAGGAGGCGGCGGCCGGGGUGGGGUCAGGGGUUACAGGGGCGGGCACGACAGGGUCAGUGGCGGAUGAUUUCGUGGAGCGUGUAUGGGGUUUCCUGAGUGUGAAGGAGGGGCUGAGGUCCAGGCUGAAGAGCCAGACCAGCAGGGAGAGAGAGGGACAUACCCAGCAGGCGACUGACCUCUCCCUGACAUACCACUUCCUCACGCCCCUCACCUCCCUGGUGGUGGAAAAACCUCAGGUGCUGGCCGACGGAACCAUGGCCGAGGACACACCCACCCCCACCCCUGUAACCACAGAGACAAAUAAGAAGGCUGUUUCAGCCAAUGAGCUGUCGGAUGAGACGGAAGGAGAGGAAGACACAGCCCAGAGCCUGCACUUGAAGAAAGACCAGCAGGUUGGACAGAGUUCCACAGUUACCAAGACAACGGGUGAAGUUUUGAAGAGGCCAGCCCAAAAAUCUGUAACCAUCUCCAAAACAUCAGCGGACGGCGAUCCCCACUUUGUGGUUGAGUUCCCCCUCAGUAAACUGACUGUGUGUUUCAACAUCAACGGAGAGCCAGGACACAUUCUCAGAAUGGUAUCUGACCACAAGCACUCUGGUGUGACAGUAAACGGUAAGCUGAUAGGCGCCCCAGCGCCAGCGGGCAGCCACAAACAGCAGAGGACAUACUUCAGCACCCUUACCAUCGUGGUGAACCGACCCAAACGUUCCUACAUCGAGGUCACCCCCAAGAAGGUCAUUCUGGAUGGACGUGACCGCCUGGUCCUGCCCUGCGACACCACAGUCUCCGUGGAGAGUGGUGGGCUUGCGGUGACGAUAGUGGGAAAGUCCACCGUGACCGUAACCAUAGGAAGAACUAUUAGUUUCGUCAUACUGGUGCAUCAGUACAAGAACCCUGCUCCCUAUCAGAGAAACCACCUGGGAUUUUACAUCUCCAACAGCAAAGGGCUGUCACAUGACUGUCAUGGACUACUGGGUCAGUUCCUGUAUGAGGAAGUGGGACUCGCAGAGCUUCCUGCCAAUGCCACGGCAACAGGAGACAACAGCACGUUUGAACGUUCACACAUCCUGAAGGUCAAAGGGCGUUCAGUGCCGGUGGUCCAGAAGACCCGGCGUAUCUACAGCGGACGUCAGAGCGUGGACUGCUGGUUCGCCAGGAACAACGCAGCCAAGCUGAUCGACGGACAGUAUGAAGAUUAUGUGGUGUCACACCUAUUCGACACGGCGAUUGGCCCCACGGAAGUAACGGAGCCUGAGACAGGAGCCAAUAAGGAGCCAGCAAUGAACUUGUCCCGCCCACACAUAAACUAUAACCCCAGGUACAGCUAUAGUAGCCAACAUGCUCUUUUCAUACCCUCUGACGCUAAACCUCUAAAUCAGCUUUCUUUUUGACCCACAUACUCACACUCCAAACACUACUCAACUACCCAUAGAGUUAUAUAAAGGACUCAUCUUUCUAUCUGUGCCAUAUACAAUUGAAGUCGGAAGUUUACAUACACUUAUGUUGGAGUCAUUAAAACUUGUUUUUCAACCACUCCACAAAUUUCUAGUUAACAAACUAUAGUAUUGGCAAGUCGGUUAGGACAUUUACUUUGUGCAUGACACAAGUCAUUUUUCCAACAAUUGUUUACAGACAGAUUAUUUCACUCAUAAUUCACUGUAUCACAAUUCCAGUGGGUCAGAAGUUUACAUACACUAAGUUGACUGUGCCUUUAAACAGCUUGGAAAAUUCCAGAAAAUGAUGUAAUGGCUUUGGAAGCUUCUGAUAGGCUAAUUGACAUUAUUUGAGUCAAUUGGAGGUGUACUUGUGGAUGUAUUCCAAUGCCUACCUUCAACCUCAGUGUCUCUUUGCUUGACAUCAAGCAAAAAUCAAAAGAAAUCAGCCAAGACUUCAGAUAAAAAAGUCUGGUUCAUUCUUGGGAGCAAUUUCCCAACGCCUGAAGGUACCACGUUCAUCUGUACAAACAAUAGUACGCAAGUAUAAAUACCAUGGAACCACGCAGCCGUCAUACAUCUCAGGAAGGUGAUGCUUUCUGUUGCCUAGAGAUGAACGUACUUUGGUGCAAAAAGUGCAAAUCAAUCCUAGAACAACAGCAAAGGACCUUGUGAAGAUGCUGGAGGAAACCGGUACAAAAGUAUCUAUAUCCACAGUAAAACAAGUCCUAUAUCGACAUAACCUGAAAGGCCGCUCAGCAAGGAAGAAGCCACUGCUCCAAAACCGCCAUAAAAAAGCCAGACUACGGUUUGCAGCUGCACAUGGGGACAAAGGUCGUACUUUUUGGAGAAAUGUUCUCUGGUCUGAUGAAACAAAAAUAGAACUGUUUGGCCAUAAUGACCAUUGUUAUGUUUGGAGAAAAAAGGGGGAGGCUUGCAAGCCAAAGAACACCAUCCCAACCGUGGAGCACGGGGGUGUUAGCAUAAUGUUGUGGGUGUGCUUUGCUGCAAGAGGGACUGGUGCACUUCACAAAAUAGAUGGUUUCAUGAGGAAGGAAAAUUAUGUGGAUAUAUUGAAGCAACAUCUCAAGACAUCAAUCAGGAAGAUAAAGCUUGGUUGCAAAUGGGUCUUCCAAGUGGACAAUGACCACAAGCAUACUUACAAAGUUGUGGCAAAAUGGCGUAAGGACAACAAAGUCAAGGUAUUGGAGUGGCCAUCACAAAGCCCUGACCUCAAUACUAUAGAAAAUGUGUGGGCAGAACUGAAAAAGCGUGUGUGAGCAAGGAGGCCUAUAAAACUGACUCAGUUACACCAGCUCUGUCAGGAGGAAUGGACCAAAAUUCACCCAACUUAUUGUGGGAAGCUUGUGGAAGGCUACCCAAAAUGUUGACCCAAGUUAAACAAUUUAAAGGCAAUGCUACCAAAUACUAAUUAAGUGUAUGUAAACUUCUGACCCACUGGGAAUGUGAUGAAAGAAAUGAAAGCUGAAAUAAAUCAUUCUCUCUACUAUUAUUUUGUCAUUUCACAUUCUUACAAUAAAGUGGUGAUCCUAACUGACCUAAGACAGGGAAUUUUUACUAGGAUUAAAUGUCAGGAAUUGUGCAAAACUGAGUUUAAAUUUAUUUGGCUAAGGUGUAUGUAAACUUCCGACUUCAACUGUUGCGUCUGUGACAUCAUGGGCAGUGCCAUUGAGGCUAUCUCCAUUUUAAAGUAGUCAAUUUUCUUCUUCACAAUUGGCUGAUCCCUCCUAAUGACCCAGUAGGACAUGACUCCAACUGGGUCACCAGGAGGAAUCAGCUAAUGAAGUUGGAAGUCCUACCCAGUUGACUACAUUAAAAUGGUGGAAGCUCUCAAUAGCACAGCCCAUUCUAACAUGACCUUUUGGCUACUAGAGGCCUCUAUCAUUUUCUAUGCUACUACCCCAUCCACGCAUCCCCCUCCAACCAUGUCUUUCAAUCCAAUUCCUGUUGCCUACUUCCUGUUGUUUUUUCCUCAGGAGCAUCUGCACUGAAUAACCAACCAUCAUUAUUCUUGAAUAUAUUUUUUUACUAUUUUUAAUAUAAAUGUAAUAAGGACAUUGUUUAACGUGUAUCGUUUUAUACUGUAAUUUUGUACUUGUAAAUAUAACCUUUAUUGAACCGGAUGAACGUUUUGUGUGUAAAGGAAGUAAAACAUAAAAACAA